UCUCUUCGUCGUCUAGACAAGCAGACACUUUUCCCCGGCAAUAUGUCUUUAAAGGUGGCUCUACUGGCAGCAAUGGUGGGAGCGGCUUUGGCUUUCCCCUCCGAUCCUUAUGGUCCUCCACACCCAGUAUAUAAGCAUGAACCCAUGCCAUACAAUUAUGCCUAUGCAGUCAACGACCAUUAUGCAGGAACUGACUUUGGUCACAAUGAAGACUCUGACGGCAAUAUCGUCAAGGGAUCCUACACCGUUCAGCUUCCCGACGGCCGCAAACAGACGGUGAACUACGUGGCCGACCACUACAACGGCUACCAGGCUGAGGUCAGCUACUACGGCGAGGCUCAGUACCCCCACGAGUACGGUCCCCCCAUCACCUUCAAGCCCCAGGCCUACCACCCCCAGCCUACCUACCACUGAUUGUUGUUGAUUGUUGCACUUGUUCCUAGUCACUGUUUUGUCACUGUAUAUUAAUAAGACAUUUUCAUGCUCA